UAUAAACUAUGUAAGGAAUAAUUGAGACAGAUCCAAAAAUAAAUUUGGAAUUUAUGGCUGAGGAGAAUAGAUUUGCUCAUGCUUAAUUAACACUACAAAAUUUAUAGUCACAACCAAUAGCUUUCAAAGUAAGUGUCUUUUGAUGAAUUUAGAUUAAAACUACAGUUCCUCAAAUGUUUUAAGUAAAACCGAGUGUGGGUUUUAUCGAGGCCGAUCGUUCAAUGAUUGUGGAGAUAUCUACAACCUAAGCAAUCGGAUAAGAUUAAAAGUUUGAUGCUAAAUUCUAAAUAAAUGCUUGUUUUAGGGAUUCAAAUGAAUAAGGUACUUUGUGUGAAUCUAACUGAGAUUUGAAUUAAUUUUGGAGGAGCAGAGACCAAUCAACGAUACAAACAACUUAACUUAGGAGCAAGUUGAAAUAUCAAAAUCCUCAAGAUCAAUAGAAUCAAUUUCAAUAACCCUAAUAAUAACAAUAGCAAUAACAAUAACAAAUUACAGGGGAUUCAAAAAUUUUAGAAUCAAGUGUUUUUAACUCGUCUCAUUCUGAAUCAAGAAUGUUUAAAUCCAUCAAAGAAGAUAGUUAAAAAGACGAAUAAUUGAAUCAAUAUAAGGAUCAAUAUGAAAAAUUAGUAAUAAAAUAUAUAUAUAUUGUUUAGUCUCAAGAGUAUCAAGUCUUCAAAUAAAAGAUUUAGCAAGAUUAAUUCAAUAAUUUAUCAAAGAAAGGUAAUUGUUAACAAUAUAUAUUAAGAAUCAAAUGCAAUAAAUACAAGACAGGCGUUAAUUGUAGUAAUAAUUGCAUUAGUAAUUGGAUAUAUUCUUGGAAAAUGAUAAAAUAAUUUAUAUGAAAU